CCAGAUGGGGACAACUACAAGGAGCUUUUUGGGGCGCUGGAUAACGCCUUCCUGGUGGCCUAUGCCAUCGGGAUGUUUAUCAGGUACCCAGGUCCUUUGCACCCCUUUUCCCUCCACACACCACGCCUUCCCCUGCGCUACUACCUGUCGGGGGGCAUGGUGCUGAGCGGGCUCUUCACUGCGCUCUUCGGCCUCGGCUACUUCUGGGACAUCCACGUCCUCUGGUACUUCAUCGUCGUGCAGGUCUGCAAUGGGCUGGUGCAGACGACCGGCUGGCCCUCUGUCGUGGCGUGUGUCGGGAACUGGUUCGGGAAAGGAAAGAGAGGUUUGAUCAUGGGCGUCUGGAACUCGCACACCUCCGUCGGCAACAUCUUAGGGUCACUCAUCGCUGGUGUCUGGGUUUCCUCUGCCUGGGGUCUCUCCUUCGUCGUGCCCGGCAUCAUCAUUGCUGCCAUGGGCAUCGUCUGCUUCUUCUUCCUCGUGGAGUAUCCUGAGGACGUCGGCUGCAGUCCGCCUCUGCAUCAUGAUGCUGGAGGAGCGACCACCAAUGAGAAAGAUCUCGAAGCAGUUACCUCCAACGAGGGGCCACUGAGCAUCUCAGGCCAGAGCAGUGCAAAUCGUUCCGAUGGCCCCAAGGAACCAGCCGAGGAACCCGAAGCCAUCAGCUUUCUCGGAGCGCUCCGCAUACCCGGUGUGGUGGAGUUCUCCCUUUGCCUGCUUUUUGCCAAGCUGGUGAGCUACACCUUCCUUUACUGGCUGCCCCUCUAUAUCGUGAACGUUGCUCAUUUCAGCGCCAAGGAAGCCGGGGACCUGUCGACCCUCUUUGACGUCGGGGGCAUUUUAGGGGGGAUCUUUGCCGGCCUCAUCUCCGACUACAGCGGCGGCAGAGCCACCACGUGCUGUGUGAUGCUGGUCAUCGCUGCUCCCAUGUUGUUCCUGUACAACCAUGUCGGCCAGAAUGGCAUCGGCACAUCCAUAGCGAUGCUGAUCGUCUGCGGCGCUCUGGUUAACGGGCCUUAUGCUCUCAUCACGACGGCGGUUUCGGCAGAUUUGGGAACCCAUGAAUCUCUCAAAGGAAACGCCAAAGCCCUUUCUACUGUCACGGCCAUCAUUGAUGGCACAGGAUCCGUAGGUGCUGCGCUAGGGCCGCUGCUCGCAGGGCUCAUCUCUCCCACGGGCUGGAAUAACGUCUUCUACAUGUUGAUAGCAGCCGACGUCUUGGCUUGCCUGGUAGGUCCCUCGUGGCUGCAGUGCCCUCGGCCCCGCAGCGAUCCUCCACCUUUCCUCUUGCAGCUCCUCGCUCGUGUGGUGGUCAAAGAGGUCCGUGGGUGGUGUGGCUACAUGGCAAGGAAGAGAGGCUCUAGCGUGCAGCUAACAGAGUCAGUGCUGGAUGGGAAGUAG